AAGGGUUAUAUUCCGUCGUGGGGGGGAGAGGGGGAGGACACGCUCACUGCCAACCCGGCGACGAGGUCGGGCCUGUGGUGCUUGCUACCCCAGGAAACCAUGGAACUGGAGAAUAUCGUGGCCAACACUGUCCUCCUCAAGGCGAGGGAAGGAGGAGGUGGGAAUAGGAAGGGGAAGAGUAAGAAAUGGAAACAGAUGCUCCAGUUCCCCCACAUCAGCCUGUGUGAGGAGCUUCGCCAGACUACAGAAAAAGACUACCACAGCCUGUGUGAGAAGCAGCCCAUUGGUCGCCUGCUCUUCAGGCAGUUCUGUGACACGCGGCCAGAGCUGAGGAGGUGUGUCAAGUUCCUUGACGCCGUGGCGGACUAUGAGGUGACCCCUGACGAGAAAAGGAAGGAGAGUGGACGGGAGAUUCUGGAAACGUACCUCAAUCCAACGACUCAUCCACGACUACCUUAGUGUGGCACCUUUUGCAGACUACCUCGACAGCAUGUUCUUCAACCGCUUCUUACAGUGGAAAUGGCUAGAGAGACAACCGAUCACCAAAAACACAUUCCGUCAGUACAGGGUUUUGGGGAAAGGAGGAUUUGGAGAGGUGUGUGCGUGCCAGGUGCGAGCCACAGGUAAGAUGUAUGCCUGUAAGAAGCUGGAGAAGAAGAGGAUAAAGAAGAGGAAAGGAGAGUCCAUGGCCCUCAACGAGAAGCAGAUCCUGGAGAAGGUCAACAGCAGGUUUGUGGUGAGCCUGGCGUACGCGUACGAGACGAAGGACGCGCUGUGCCUGGUGCUGACGCUGAUGAACGGCGGCGAUCUCAAGUUCCACAUCUACCACAUGGGCGAGGCCGGCUUCCUGGAGAGCCGCGCCGUCUUCUACGCCGCCGAGCUCUGCUGCGGACUCGCCGACCUGCACCGCGAGAGGAUCGUCUACAGGGACCUCAAACCUGAGAAUAUUCUGUUGGAUGAUCAUGGCCAUAUCCGGAUAUCAGACCUGGGUCUGGCUGUACAUAUCCCAGAAGGCCAGACCAUUAAAGGCAGAGUGGGAACCGUCGGCUACAUGGCCCCGGAGGUGGUGAAGAAUGAGCGCUACACGUUGAGUCCUGAUUGGUGGGCGCUGGGCUGCCUGCUGUACGAGAUGAUCGAGGGCCAGUCGCCCUUCCAGCAGCGCAAGAAGAAGAUCAAGAGGGAGGAGGUGGAGCGCCUCGUCAGGGAGGUGGAGGAGGAGUACUCUAGCAAGUUCUCCGACGACGCCAAGGACCUCUGUAGACUGUUGCUAGCCAAAGACCCCAACGAGAGGCUUGGCUGUUUAGGAGGCGGAGCCUCAGAGGUGAAGAGUCAUGUGAUCUUCCGCUCCAUCAACUUCAAGCGGCUGGAGGCGGGCAUGCAGGAAGCCCCUUUCGUCCCCGACCCCCAGGCCAUCUACUGUAAGGACGUGCUGGACAUCGAGCAGUUCUCCACGGUGAAGGGCGUGGAGCUGGAGCCCAAAGACGAAUCCUUCUACAGCAAGGUGUCCACGGGCUGCGUGUCCAUCCCCUGGCAGUACGAGAUGAUCGAGUCGAAGUGCUUUGAAGAGCUCAACAUCCUGAACCCAGACGGAAGCAUCCCCCCAGACCUGGACUGGAGAGGACAGCCCUCACCUCCCCCCAAACAGGGCCUGCUGCAGAGGCUCUUCGGUAGACAGGAGUGUUGUGGGAACUGCAGCGACAGUGAUGAGGAGCCCACCAGGCUGUGAGAGAGAGAUGCCCACUCCUGCCCCUCCGCACCCCCUGGCCAACCCAUCUACCCCCAGCUACCCCGCCCCCCCCCAAAUCCUGCCAACUGCCCCCCUCACCCCCACACUCACCCCGGAGUGCCCCACCACAGAGGAUUCCAUUUGUUUACAAUAUUUGCACAUUUGUAUUUUCCAAAAAAAACAAGACAAAAAAACCACACCUCUAUAUAAAUAUUGGAAUGUAUAUUUUCACUUUAGCUAAGCUGUCCAUGUUAUAGACAUCCGACAAAGACAUAGCAAAAGGUGAAGAGGUCUACCAGGUGGGACAGGUGUGCUUCAUGCCCCCCCCACCCCC